AUGCUAGACCCGUGGGACAGGAGGAGUGGGCCAGAAUACCCCCACCGCGAAAACAAGUUCGCACCGCCGACCCGAGCCCAGGGGCGGCCGCGACGUCAGCGCCCGUCGCCCCCGCCGCCCCCAGUCCCGCCCGGGCCGCGGGGACCACGGUCCCACAAAGGGGCCCGAACCCCAAGUCCAAAAGGAGACGCCAGUCGCCGCCCCCGCCCUCCUGGUCCAAAGCCGUCAGCCCCGCCCCCACCCCACCCGCCGAGGCGACCCCCGCCCCCGCGGAGACCGCGGCGCUACCGCUCGCACCGCCCCUCCCCCACCGCCGAGCCGGAGCAAGCCUCCGCACCUCCCCCGCUCCGGCAGCCUCUGGUCCCGGAGACACCGCCCCCAGAAACCGGGCAGUCGCCGCGGAGCUCUAUGGGGCUUGUAGUCCGUGAGGAGCCCUUUGUGCGCCUUAGAGGCGGAGCUGGGACCACUACUCCCACAACGCCCCGCGCCCGCCCCCGCGCCUUUGGCUUCCCGUCGCCCACAGACUACAUCUCCCGACAGCCCUCGCGGCUCUCCCGCCCUCCCUCCCGAGACACGAGCCGAACUGGGCGUCAGGUCGGGGAGCGGGUCGGGUUCCCGCUCGCCGCCGCCACCGCCCCCCGCAGCGACUCUCCCGCCUCUCCCGCCGCGCCGGCCGCAGGAGCUGCAUCGCCAACUCUGCUCGGCCGUGGAGCCGCCGGCCCGGGAGCACAGAGCCCGGGACGCAACACGCCGAACCCCUCAUCACCUCCAGCCGGGGCGACCCCUCCCGGGUCCGCCCUCGUUCUGCGCUGCCGCCGGAGCCCCCAGCCCUGA